GAAAUCCGAGUCGGAUUCGAAAGCGACAUUCAAAUACACUCUAUUAUCCCAACCCAUAGCAUUUUCCCGUCACUUAACGGAUAUGGCAUUUCCUUUUUUAUGUUUGCUAUUGCAGGGUAGGAAAAAUUCCCGGAUGUCGUAAACGGCUCCGUGGAUCUUCUCGUUUGAUUGCGAGAUCAUGGUGCGACAUCUUGUUGCGCGUUCUACACAAUCACAGGGUUUUUGCGUACUGUGAUGCGGUCCGACGAUUCGGAGUUUAACCUUCUUCUGUAUUAGGGUUUGCCUCUUCAGGGGUUAUGUUGGCGUCACGGAGUCAGGAGUGCUGUAGAAGGGGUUUUAGGUGUAAAUACGAAUCUUGUAGCGUGGUCAGAUCAUUUUUCAAUUUCAAGUUGAGGAAUUAGGGUUUUUUCUUCUCCUGCAUGGCGACAAGAAGGGAUUUUAGAUAAUGGUGUUUCUGUUUUAGAGGUCCAAGCAGGUUCAUUUGGACAGAUGGAGGGGAGGAAGAUUGCGGCGAGUCCUCGGCCCUGCAGUGGCCGGCGGGUUGUGGCUGGAAAACGGCAGCGCAUAGGUGAUACUACAAACUGUGUGCGGAAGCUCCAGAGACGGGAGAUCGGAACCAGCGGGAAUAGGGCUUUCAACAUCUCCAAUGCGCAAGAGAAGUUUCGAAAUUUUCAGUUACAGGAAGAAUUUGACACUUAUGAUCCCAAGGCACAUUGGUUUUUGAAACUGCAGUUUCUAAAAAAGAGAUCUAAAAUAAUAGAAAUUGUUGCAGCACGUGAUAUUGUAUUUGCUUUGGCGCAAUCUGGUGUUUGUGCAGCAUUUAGCAGAGAGGCAAACAAAAAAAUAUGUUUCUUGAACAUAAGCCCAGAUGAAGUGAUUCGAAGCCUCUUUUAUAAUAAGAACAAUGAUUCACUCAUCACAGUUUCUGUAUAUGCUUCAGAUAACUUCAGUUCCCUUAAAUGCAGGACAACACCUAUCGAAUAUAUUCGGAGGGGUCAACCAGAUGCAGGAUUUGCUUUGUUUGAGUCCGAGUCAUUGAAAUGGCCUGGAUUUGUGGAGUUCGAUGAUGUCAAUGGAAAGGUCCUUACCUAUUCUGCUCAAGAUGGAAUCUAUAAGGUGUUUGACUUAAAGAACUAUACAAUGUUGUAUUCAAUAUCAGAUGAACAUGUCCAAGAGAUAAAGAUUAGUCCAGGGAUUAUGUUACUGAUAUUCGACAGGGCUAGUGGGCAUGUUCCUCUCAAAAUCUUGUCUAUAGAGGAUGGUACUGUUUUAAAAGCAUUCAAUCACCUGUUACAUCGCAAUAAAAAAGUUGAUUUCAUUGAGCAGUUCAAUGAGAAGCUUCUUGUAAAGCAAGAAAAUGAGAACCUUCAAAUACUUGAUGUUCGAAAUGCACAAUUGACUGAAGUAAGCAGAACAGAGUUUAUGACACCGUCGGCUUUCAUUUUUCUUUAUGAGAAUCAGUUAUUCUUGACAUUCCGCAAUCGUACAGUUGCUGUAUGGAAUUUUCGAGGAGAGCUGGUUACAUCAUUUGAAGACCAUUUGUUGUGGCAUCCAGAUUGUAACACAAAUAACAUAUAUAUAACUAGUGAUCAAGAUUUGAUUAUUUCUUACUGCAAGGCACAUCCUCAUUCUUCAGAUGAAGAAGAAAAUGUUGGUUCCAUAAAUAUAAGCAACAUAUUAACUGGGAAGUGUCUCGCCAAGAUCCGUGCCAAUGAUCCAAACGUUCAAAUUAGUCCUAGAAAUCGUCCAAAUGCAUCUGCAAUCAGAAGUACUGUACAUGAAGCUCUUGAAGACAUCACUGCCCUUUUUUAUGAUGAGGAGCGGAAUGAAAUAUAUACAGGAAAUAGGCAUGGUUUGGUUCAUGUAUGGUCAAAUUGAGGUGCCCACAAAGCGUGCAAAUUAUUUACAGCAAUGGGUGCUUGAUUGUUUAAGGAUCCGUGGUCGUAAGUUGAUAGCAGAUGUGAAGUGUUCGAUGUAAUCCAAAUUAUGCGGAUCUGUGGUUGUAAGUUGAUAGCAGAUGUGAAGUGUUCGAUGUGAUCCAAAUUAUGCUACAUGCUUACAUUUAUCAUAUAUUGGAGUCCCUGAACGUCAAGCAUAUUCUAAAUAGAAUAGGGCUUAUAGACUGUGGAAGUUCGAUUUUUUACGAACUUGUAAUGGUGAUGUCUGUUGUAGAAGAAUUUGUCCCUGUAAAUCUGUAUUUUGGAGUACAACUUGCCGUUUCUACUGUGUAAUUGUUCCCAAGGUAAUUUUACCUAUGUUCAAUUAGUUUUGUCCUCAUGUAAUGCUCAAUUUUUUUUGGCUGUA